AUGGCUCAAGAUGCUGAUCUGAUUCAACUUUUUGGAAAAAUUGGAUUAACAGAAAAUAAAUCCAAAGACACAAUUAAAAAUACAAGCCUGAGCGAAAAUCUCAAAACUGUUAUCCAUGAGGCUGAAAAAGUUGAUAAGGAAUGUCUAAACAAUAAAACAGUUGGGAAUCUUCUGUAUGUUCUUGUGACUAAACUGAAAUCUCAAAUUGCUCAUCACAGAUCCUUCUUGGUGAAGUACAUUGCAAGCAAGAAAAUCAAUUCAGAAAUUCAGCUGAAUGCGUCAUUGGACUACUUAUUGCACCAUCCAAAUGCUAAUGUGGAUGUGAAGAAGUUUGAAGACAUUUCAGGAGUGGGGAUUGUGGUGACUUCAGAACAAAUUGAAGAUGCUGUGACAGAAAGCAUGUCAAAGUUUAAAGAUGAAAUCUUAACAAAGAGGUACAAUUUUAACACUGGGUUGUUAAUGGCUGAUGUCAGAAAAUCAUUGAAAUGGGCCGAUGGAAAGUUUGUAAAGAGUGAAAUUGAAGUUCAGCUCUUAGACAUGCUGGGUCCAAAAACAGAGGAUGAUCUCAAGCCAAGACCAAAAGUUUUAUCAUCAACUGAAGCAACCAACAACAAACAACAACAAAAACAAUCAGACAACAACUCUUUAGCGACUGCACAGUCUUUAGAUGCUUUGGCAGGACACGCUUUGAAGUUUCACAUGCCAGGUGAGAAUUACAAGACAGAUGGUUAUGUGAUAACACCUAACACUAUGGCACUUCUGAAAAAACAUCUCCAAGAAACUAAGGGACAGGUUAUGACAAGGUUCCCUCCAGAACCCAAUGGCAUCCUGCACAUUGGACAUGCCAAGGCCAUCAACUUCAACUUUGGAUAUGCCAGGGCUCACAAUGGCAUAUGCUACCUGAGGUAUGAUGACACAAAUCCUGAGAAGGAAGAAGAGAAAUUUUUCGUUGGCAUCAAAGAUAUGGUUGAGUGGUUAGGGUACAAACCAUACAAAGUGACCCACAGCUCUGACUACUUCCAGGAACUCUAUGACCUUGCUGUUGAACUCAUCAAACGAAACCUGGCAUACGUCUGCCAUCAAACAUCAGAGGAGAUCAAGGGCUUCAAUCCUCCACCCUCACCCUGGAGAGAGAGGCCCAUUGAGGAAAGUCUCAGGUUGUUUGAGGACAUGAAGAAGGGGAAAAUAAAUGAGGGUGAUGCUACACUUCGGAUGAAGACAACCCUGGAAGAAGGCAAGCAGGAUCCUGUCGCGUACAGGAUUAAAUUUACUCCACAUCACAGGAGUGGGGAUCAAUGGUGCAUCUAUCCAACAUAUGACUACACUCAUUGCUUGUGCGACUCCAUUGAGAAUAUUACCCACUCUCUUUGCACCAAAGAAUUUCAAUCUAGGCGAUCAUCAUACUAUUGGCUGUGCAAUGUCCUUGACCUUUAUUGCCCUGUCCAAUGGGAAUAUGGUAGACUGAACUUGUACUAUGCUGUUGUUUCUAAGAGGAAAAUUGCCAAACUUAUAUCUGAAAAAAUUGUCAGAGACUGGGACGAUCCUCGUCUGUUCACACUGACAGCCCUUCGGAGGCGUGGCUUUCCGCCAGAAGCUAUAAACAUGUUCUGCGGAAAGGCAUGUGUGUCCAUGGCUCAGGUGACAUUGGAUCCAUCCAUGCUGGAAACAUGCGUCAGAGAUGUCCUCAAUAUUACUGCCCCAAGGUUAGCCAUGGCAGUCCUAGACCCGAUAAAGGUGACCAUCACAAAUCUUUCUCAGAAUGUGCCUCGAACUCUAAGAGUUCCUGAUUUUCCUCUUGAUGAGAGCAAGUCACACCAUGAAAUAGACUUUGAUUCUGUCAUAUACAUCGAUAGGUCUGAUUUCAGAGAGCAUGCAGAUAAAAACUACAAACGACUUGCCACCAACCAGCCGGUUGGCCUUCGUUAUGCCAAUAUGGUUAUCAGUGUUGAGCGUGUCGUCAAGAAUUUCAACAGCCAAGAAAUUGAAGAAUUAUUUGUCAAAUGUCACCUUUUAAAUGAAAUAGAAAAACCGAAAGCAUUCAUUCACUGGGUAUCUAAGCCACUGAUAUGUGAAAUCAGACUCUACGAAAGACUAUUCUUUCACAAGAAUCCUGAAGAUAAGAACGAAGUUCCAAAUGGUUUCUUGUCUGAUUGCAAUUUGAACUCCUUGCGAGUGAUAGAGAGAGCACAUGUUGACAAGUCGAUAUCCAAUGCAAAGGUCCUUCAAAAAUUUCAAUUUGAAAGAGUUGGCUUCUUCUGUGUUGAUCCUGAUACAACUGAUAAAAAGUUUGUCUUCAACCUCACACUGCCACUGAAAGAAGAUCCAGGAAAGGCAGCUUAA